AUGUUAAUACAAUUCAAUCUUGAUAUAAAUUUUAACAUUACAUUUAAAUCAGCUCUUGAAUAUUCUAUGCCACGUCAAGUGCCUUAUGAUGAUGUCCCCAUCGGUGACUCCAGGGAUAUAAUAGAAAAAGAAUAUUUUAAAUUCUUUGCAAAGAAUUUAAAAGAUGAUUUUUUUAUUUUAGAUCUUGAAUAUAUUAAGAAUCUUUGUUAUAGAAAUGAAGAUAUUCUUGGAAAUAAUUAUUUAAAUAGUGAAAGUGAUAGUUCAGAUACAUGGAUGUCUUCAUCUUCUAAUCCAAGUUGUAUGGUGUAUAAAGAGUUUAAGAUGAUUCCAAAGAUCGAUCCAUUCUACAAAAGAGACUAUGCAACGCUAAGAGGAUUCGAAUGUUCUCAUUAUAUCGAUCCUCUGGUACCAUUAAUGGAAACAUUUCUUUUCGAACCAUACACCACUGUUUUUGAAUCAGAUCCUAACUGGUUGAAUAUGUAUGUUCAAUUGGAAACAGUGGAGAUUAAAACUGGAAUUUCACAAGGUCAUCAAGAUACCACUGUUUUAUACAAUCAGUGGGUGCACGUUACACUCGACGAAUCAAACAAUACCUACAGAUUGAUAUUAGGUCAACAAUCUGCAACAGAUUCAACAGAUUCAAAAGAUAAACCAAAAGAUUAA